UCGCGUACAACGACGAUAACGACGAUCGUCGGUAAUUUCGACGCUCGAAGCGCAAUCUUCGAUGACGACGUAGCGUAAAAAAGAGGAAAAAUGCCACCGAGACACGAGGUAGCCACGCUGUGCGAUCUCGCCCUGAUGGCACUGGGCCGACUGGUCGUCGAGUUCGGCCGCUCGCUCGUCGCGCCCACUGCCCGUCUGGCGGCGCGCCUCGACCGCGCCUCGGCCCAGUCGUAUCUGCACGCGAUGCUGCGCGCGAUGCGCGCCCAGCUGGCCGCGAGCGUGCCCUGGCACCUCUACGACCGCAUGGCCCUGGUGGCCCUCGAGGCCGUCAGCGAGCACAUCGCCCGCACCACCGCCGAUCGGCAUCGCUUGCAGAGCCAGCGCUUCCUGCACGAGAUGAGCGUGGCCGUCAAUCUCACUCGGGUCGUGGUGCAUCCGCAUCUCAAGCGUAUCGAGCUGUCGGCCUGGCCCAGGAUCAUGCGCCACGCCCUGUACGACUCGCUGGCCGGCAUGAGCGGCCUCGAGGUGCUGGAUCUGGGCUCGGGCUCGGUCGGCUGGCGCACCUCCGACAUCGAGCGCCUCAUCGUCCGGGCGCUGGGCCGCAUGCGCCGACUGCGCAGCUUCACCCUGUGCUUCGACUGCACCGACCAGCUGAUCGCCGCCCUGUGUCGCAGCUGUCCGCGCAGUCUGCGCAAGCUCGACGCCACGGCCUCGCGCUCCGUGACCGAUCGCAGCGUCGGCUAUCUGCUGGACUGUCCGCAGCUGCGCGAGAUCAGGCUGUCGAGCACGUCGGUGAGCCCGCGGGGCUGGGCCGAGCUGCUGCUGCGCCAUCCGAGCCUCGAGGACAUCGGCAGGUACGACGAGCUCGGCCGGGCCCUCGAGCUCGUCCGGGAGCGCAACCCGGCCAAGCGACUGUUCGGACUGCGCAGCUUCGAGUGUCGCCACAUCGGCCUGGAGCAGCUGCGUCUGCUGGUCGACACGUGUCCCCGCAUCAGCGGCCUCUGCAUACUGAGGGACGAGCGAGUCGCCGAUCUGUCCAUGCUCGCGGCCCUGAGCGAGCUCAGGGAGCUCAAACUGCUCAGCUGCGACUUUUACGCCCACGGACUGGGCAGACUACUGGAGGUGUGCGGCGGCCAGCUCGAGAGUCUUCACCUGGAGCACGUGGGCGAGCUCGAUCUGCAGGCCCUCGUGCACGUCAGCCAGCACUGUCCGCGGCUGCGCUCGCUCACCUUUUACAAUUGCGAGUUCCUGACCGCCGCCGAGCCGAGACAGCUGCUGCAGACGUCGAGGCUCCAGGUCGCGCCCUUCCUGCGACUCGAGCGGCUCAAGUGCGUGGUCGACUGCGCCGAGGCCCAUCUCGAGUUCGUCCUGUCGCACUGCCUGAACGUGCGCUUCAUCCAUCUGGGCUCGUCGACGGGCGUGGGCGACGCCACGAUGCGCCGCGUCCUCGCCAAGAAUCGCAUGGCCAAGCUCGAGGAGCUCAAGAUCAUCUACGGCGCGGAGCUUUCGAUGGCCACCGUCCACCUGCUGCUGCGCAACUGCCAGAGGCUCGCCCGGCUGUCGGAGCUCGAGAGCUGGGACGGCAUCUCGCCGCCCGAGCUGGACGCCUUCAGGCAGCGUGUCAGGGACAACAAUUUCAAGCUCGACACGAGUCCGACCCUGUCGCUGGCCUGACAGAGCAAAUGAAAAACGACAAAACAAAAAAAAAACAUUGUGUGAUAUUGUUCCUAAAAAAACUGACUCGAUACAUGUAAUACGUAAUUGAUUUCGAUGGAAUAUCAAACAUAUUUUUAUAUGCAGACUUAUACACGCAACUUUCUCAUUCUCCGAAUCGAAGCAAAGCAAAAGAAAAAAACAUCAAGGUGCGGCGAAGGAUACUUUUUUUAAGCGUAUAUUGUUUUUCUUGUUUUUUGCA